AAUGGAAUCAGCUGAGGUGCUACUGGGCGAAAGAGGUUCAUGAUGAACCGAAUGGCACUAGAUACAGCAUUUUCGAGCCAAGAAUAUUCUUCAUGCUCUUCAUAGGAGAAGGACUUGGAAUCCUCAGGCUCGACCUUGGCAGUUGGCGUCGAUGAAGCCAUGCUUCACGUUGAGCAUGAGCUGUUCGACUGAAUUGCAGACCCGAAUGGGGGAUGUUACCACGUGACCAUUCGCAUGUAUGGUACCUGAUAUCCAGACCCUAUUGGGCGCCAACCCAUCCGCUGACUCCAUAACAGUGUUCCUGAAAGAUCUGGUUCAACACUCUGACACGAGCCUGACAGCUCCCGAAGUGAAAUCAUAUUCAGAUGCAGUCUACUUCAACUACUAUCCCCUGGGGAUCAGCUUCCUCUAUAUCCCUCAAAAGGGGUACAAACCCACUGGGGGGCUAAAGCUCGAAAACCUUCAAGUUGAUUCACUAGUGCUUGACAGCAUUAACAUCUACAAUUCCCCAAAGCCUAAGGCAAUCCCUACAAAAACAACUACAUCUAGUCGAGCAGCGGAGCUCGCUUUUUCUACCUAUCCCGUGUUAAAGUGGAAGCUAUCGCUCUCUCCUGAGGCUUCGGCGUCCAACGAGUCCUCGAUCGAAAUCUCGCUCACAACAAAUGGUAAAGAUUUCGUCAGCUGCCUCGGAGAACCCGAUCGGAAAGGCGGUGGCACUGGGCCUUCAUCUGGAUCCAUUGGCAUUUGGUGUGAGUGGUCGAAGCACGGAAUCAUGGUUGAGUUUGGAGGGGAUGAAGCCAGAGGACCACAAGCCUGGGAACGCGGCAAGGAUGCCAUGUGGAGGGUCAUCACGAUAUUUCCUCCAAAGCAGGAAUAGACUCGAAGGUGACAGCUUAUGCUAUUUCCCGUAGACCAUAGAAGCUUUGUCCCUUCCGCGUCACGAUGUGUUCGUCAAAAGGAGGCUGCCGCUGACGCAUGCAGAUCUCUAUCAUCAUGUGCCGCGUCCUUUC